AUGGAGGACAAGAUAAUAGAAACACCCAACCUCUAUUCAUCAGAGGGUGACAACUUGGCUCUGGAUGUAGACUUUUAUGAUCAGGACAUCUAUGAUAUCCCAGAUCCUGGGGUGCUCAUAGAAAAGAAUGAAUUGGGUCUGUUGGGGGGACCAGAGGUCCCACAACUCUUUACCAACAGUCAGAGAUGGCGGAAUAUGUCACUGCAUUCCCGAGCCAGGCUGCUGUGGCUGCACCUGCGUGCAUACCUCCACGACAUCGUGGAAAAGGAAAAGAGAGCAGAGCUGCGAGUCGCUCGCAUGACACAUGGGCUGGAGCCACUGCGUCACCUCGAAGUGGAAGCUGGACUGUGCUCAGUAGCACAGGAUCCAGUGGGUAAACGCUUCAUGGUACUAGAUGGUGACGGUUACCUGCAUCAGCAUACCAUGGAUGGCUGGGAGCAGGCAAAGCUGAAGCCUCCUGUUGUACUUAAUGGGCUAGUGACUGUGCCUGGCCCUCUGGGAGAAAUAGGCCGCUUUGUCGGCUGGGGCCCAGCUGGACUAAGCAUAUUAGGCCAAGACUUCCACCUGCUUUGGCUGAGCAAGCCACGGGUGAGCAAGUCACUGGACCAGGAGCCUUUCCGCUGCUUACCAGUGUCCAAUAUGGGUCUGUUGAUUGUGGUCCAGAUGGGUGGCAGCCUGGAGCUCUGGAAGUUCCGCUCAGGAGGUCGCCGUCUGGUACCCUGUGGCUCACCUCUGCGGCCACCACCGGGCUUAUCUGGCUCCUUCAAGUGUCUGGCCCUAGGGCUGGAACCUGACCACUGCAGUUGGCAUUGCUUUGCUGCCUAUGGCUCGGCAGUGCUCACUUUUGAUCUGGACGACUGGGCUCUCAUAAAUGUUAGCCAGGAUCUGCAUAAAACCAUCAUCUCAGAUAUGGAUUACUGUGAGGAGGUAGACGCCAUGGUGACAGCUUCCCGGGAUAGUACUGUGAAGGUGUGGGAGGCCGACUGGCAGAUCCGGAUGGUGUUUGUAGGACACACAGGCCCAGUGACAGCUAUGACAGUGCUUCCAAACAGCACGCUGGCAGUGUCUGCCUCACAGGACGGGACAAUUCGCACAUGGGACCUGAGGGCCGCAGCUCAGGUGGGAGAGGUAACUCUGGGUUGCUGGACCGAAGACGUAAUCUCUGAGAAAGUGAGCCAUUUGCUGGCUCCUGCAAGUCCUGGCUGGCCGGUGCUCUCUCUCUGCUCGAAAAGCAUAGAGCUGUGGCGUGUGCGUACCCUCUAUUCACCAUUAGCGCAGCUAUCCGCAACAGUUCUCCAUAUACAGGUGGCGCCAGUACUGCCAGCGCCAACUGAUCCAUCUCUGCCUGCUCGCCUUAUAUGCGCCUGCGCAGAUGGGUCGGUCUACCUGGUGUCAGCUACUACAGGACGAACUGUGAGUUCACUGCUGCUGGAGCCGGAGGACUGUGCAGUUGGGGUGGUUUAUUGUUUGUCUCGAGAAGCACUGUGGGUGCUAACACAGUCAGGGUACCUAGUGCGCGCCAAUGCCGCACGCUGCCCGAUGGUGGUAGUGCACCGCCUGCGUCCACCUCCACCCCCAGCGCCACAGCCCUGCUGCCUGCAUCUCUAUAGCCAUCUUACAGACCCUCGUAGUGCAUUUGCUUGCUGGGAGAUUGUACGCCAGAAUCAGGGUGACAUGCUCCGCAGUGCCAUUGCCUGGGCCUGGAAAAAUAAGAAUAGGUUUCUUCCAGUGAUGGGGCACUCAGAUGGCACACUGUCUGUGUUGGAUUGGCGCACAUCAGUGACAGUCUUUCAUACAGAAGCACACAGCCCAGGACCAGUGACUGCUAUUGCAUCCACCUGGAGCAGCAUUGUGACUUCAGGUGGAGAUCUGACAGUAAAGAUGUGGCGUGUAUUCCCAUAUGCUGAGGAGUGCCUGAGCCUGCUGCGUACCUUUUCCUGUUGCCACCCGGUGGUAAUGCUCUGUGUCCUGGGGAAGCGCAUCACUGUAGGCUUUGAGGAUCCAGAGAGUGCCACCUAUGGCCUGGUGCAGUUUGGCCUGGGUGAUAAAAUGCGUUUUGACCACCGGCCACAGGAUGACCCUAUGGACCAUAUCACUGGCUUAUGCUGCUGCCCCACCCUUAAGAUAUAUGCCUGUUCCAGUCUGGAUUGCACCAUCCGAAUAUGGACCAGGGAGAACCACCUGCUGCGGCUCCUGCAGCUCGAUGGCCCCCCUCAGGCCCUGGCCUUCUCCAGCAACAAUGGAGACCUGGUCUUCUCACUAGGCUCCCGCCUCCACAUGGUGUCCUAUAAGACCUACUUACCUACAUCUUAUCUAGUUAAGAAAUUAUGUCUGAAGCCCCCUGAUGUGAUAUAUGACCCUCCGCUACCACUGACCAGCAAGAAGCCACUGACAUCCAGCCAGCUGCAGAGGCUUGCCAGUCUACAUGGAGCAGCCAGCCUCAGUGUGGCCUUGCCCUUCGGCUAUUACCAGGCAACAGAACUUCAGCAGACAGUGUUGAAAGAGGACUUGGAGAGUAUCAUAGCCCGGGAUCAAGACCUUCACGAACUGAGGCAAGGACUGAUAGCCCCAGCAACUCGGCCCUCACUCUCCUUUAAGCAGCGCCAGGAAGCCUUUGACAAUUACUUACAACUGAUCUACGGGUCUGACCUGAUGGACAUGAAGUCUGAAAGGGAGUGGAGCGCAACAGAGAAGGAGCCGCUGGACACAGAGGUCCAGCCUGGAACUACCGUCAUUGCUGGGCAGGCUGCUUUUAGUAGCGAUGUUCAGGCAGUGUCCCUACCCUCAGCCUUCCAAACCCCAGGAGCUCCAGGAAGGCGCUUUGCCCGCCCUCCUCGAGUCUCCUUGCCCAUCCCACCCACCUACCGGAAGGUGCAUAGCCAGGCAUCCCAGCUUCUAGCACGUUCCUCCCUGAGCUAUGAGCUGGGCCUCGGCUUGGAUCUUCAGGUGCAGUGGGAUCAGUUUGCAGUUAAUACCAUGAACCUGGACACAUCAACUGACUACACGCAGAAUAGGGUUCCACUGUUGCUGCAAAGAAGGCCCUCAGAACCUCUUUCGAAGCUCACGGGCUUCUUUCCUGCAAUCAUAAAGCCCUACAGGAUACGUUCUCGGCCCAUCAAGUUUCCUGGCUGUGUGCCCAACUCCGUGGUACUGAGGCAAAUGUGGUUGCAUGCGGAGGUCAGCUGCCUUGGCUCCCUAGCAGAGCUUUCCAGCCAGAGCAAACUCAAGUCUGGAAGCGAAGAUGACGAAUGGUUGAAGCAUCGGAAGCAUUCUUCUAGCAGGUGGCGAAGUAAACUGUUCAGUUUGCUCCGUCUGACAAGGAGGAAAGCAGUCGAGGAAGAGGAAGAGGAGAAGGAAGUGGAAGAGGAAAAGGAAAAGGAGGAGUCGGAGAUAGAGUGGGUCUCCACUUCCCCACCUUCUGAGGCGGAGCCAGAGCAAUGGGAACCGGACACAGAAAGCGACACAGACUUGAUCUCAAAACUUUGCAAUGAAGCCUCCAAGACUAAGGGCCACUCUCGCCCCCGACAACUUGGACGCUCACUCUUGGAAGAACGCUAUGGGCAUUUGCCCAGCUUCCUGCAUUAUUUUGUUGUCCAGAACUGGUUCAAAAAACUGUUCCCUAUCUUUACCCUGGAGGCCUAUCCAGAGAUGGGCACAAUAGAAGGUUUGGCCUCGAUGUUUUUGGACUUCCUGUUACAAGCUUCCUGGGCGGACCGAGUGAACAUUCUAAAUGCCCUGCUGAGGUUGUUGCCUGAUGUAACAGGCGACCUCCGAAUCCGGUUGCAGGCCAAACUCUUAUACUUGCUCAACCAAGAUGAUCCUCCCAAGCUCCAGGACAAGACUCAGAAGGAGUUUGUGAUGCUGGCGCUGCAGCUGCUCCUGGCCUGCAGCCUGGAUGUCCUUGACGUGGUGCUGGAAAUUAUCUCCUAUUACCUGUAUUCUCCAGUCAGCUGCCGGCAAGAGCUCAAGAAGCUGCUGGAGGGGUUGGGACUCCAUGACCCAGAUGGCGUACUGUUCAAGGAAAUUAUGACCUGGGUUGAGGAAAUGAAACUUGAAUCCAAGUCUGAGAUACGCACACAGUGUCAACAGAAGCUUGAAGAAAUUUAUCUCCAGGUGAAUGACGACGUGGAGCAGUCCACAGUCAGUGUUUUUGUGGAGCCUUUCCGGAAAGUCUCACAAACCUCCCUCAUUUCUGGGGCAACCUUGCCUGCCUUGAGCACCUCUUGGACAUACUCACGAGCAUCAGAAAUGUCCUUGCAUUUUCAAGAGUCGUUUGUGCCUUCACCUGUGCCGUCACCUGUGGAACCUGUGGAGUCUAUGGAGAGGGUGGAGUCUAUGGUAUCCAUCCAAGAACUCCAAGCGGCAAGCGCACAUGCACAUUUGCGCAUCCAGAAAACCAAAAAGGUCCUCGCUGAUAUGCUGCAGACCUUCUGUCUGGACGACUCCGAGUUUGCAACUUUGCGUGAUGAACCAAGGAAAGCGUCUCCGCUGGCGCAGACAACAUGGUCACAGUCUCAGAUGGUGGACCUGUUUCAUAUUGAUAUGCUUAAUUUCUUCUGUGAGAAGCGGAGGGCACAGCAGCAGAGAUCAGUGGAGGAAGAAGAGGAGGAGGAGGAAGAGGAAGGGGAGGAGAAGGAGCACUUACCUGUCUCACAAGACCAAAAACUAAGGCCCAACGCUGUGUUGCGGCCGAGCCGGGAACGCUGGCUCUAUCCAAUCCUCCGUCUGCAGGAGGCCAAGGCACAAGACAUUGGUGUGUUUUUCAGGAGUCACAAGAAGCAGAGGAAGGAGCUAGCUCCUGAUGGUUCUAUCCGAAUGCUGAAGCUGCCGUUGCCACGAGUGGACUUGCAGCCCUUUCCCCCAGGCUGGCCUGCACCCCCACGGGCACUGCCCCCGCUCCUCCUUCAGCCUUCACUUCAACGCUACUUUCUGUUUAAUCAUACAGACCCAAUGCCUACAGUUGACCUGGGGGACAAAUAGCCACGGCUCCAUGGCUAAGACCUAGUCCUACCACCUUAGCAAAUCACAAUACUAUGCUUUGCUUAAAUUAAGAGAUAUAUAAACACACACAUUAAUAUAUUU